AUGGCUAACAAGUAUUCCAGGCCCGGGGGACAGUCGGCUAUAGGAUUGGCUAUCGUAGGUGCAAUGACACAUUUGAUGGGUGUUACCCUGAUGAAUUAUCAGUGCGACACAGUCAUGGCCAUAAUAACAACGGGCAACUUGUUCAUGUUCAUGGUAAGUCCGCAACGUCUUGCACCGAUAGCCAGCCCUGAUAGCGAUAGUCCCAUAGCCGACUGUCCCCCGGGCCUGGAAUACCUGUUAACCAUCGACCAGAUACUGGUGCACCAAAAGAUUGAACUACUCGAGAUAUUAUGUGGGUGCGAAACCAACAAUAAGUACGAGAUCAAAAAUAGCCUGGGUCAAAAGAUUUACUAUGCCAAAGAGGAUACCGACUGCUGUACGCGCCAAUUGUGUGGACCAAUCAGACCGUUUGAUUUGAAAAUACUGGACAAUAAUCGCCGGGAAGUCAUACACCUAUACCGGCCCUUACGGUGCGACGGCUGUUGUUGUUGGUGUUGUCUACAGCGCCUGGAUGUACUGUCCCCUUGGGGUGAAAUACUGGGCACUAUUCGCCAGGAAUGGAGUCCAUGUUUACCGAAAUUCCGCGUCGAGGACGCCAAUGGAGAGUGUGUGCUAAUGAUCAGGGGGCCGUUUUGUGAGUGCUCGUGGAGGUGCGAUGACGUCGACUUUCCCAUCUACUCGGCCUACGACGACAGCCCUGUCGGCAAAAUCACGAAACAGUGGUCCGGAUUGGAGCGGGAGUUGUUCACCGACGCCGACCACUUCGGCAUAACGUUCCCCGUGGAUCUGGACGUCCACAUAAAGGCCGUCCUAUUGGGCGCCUGUUUUCUCAUCGACUUCAUGUUUUACGAGAGCCAACCAACAGAGCAAGACAGCCAACCAGAGAACGAGAACGAGAACGAACUGUCCUCCUGGUGUUUUGAAUGAACGACACCGGUAUUCCCAAAC